GAGAGUUUCCCAUACCUGGACAGUGUCCUCAUGUCCAGCACCGGUUUGACAGCAGAGGUCUCACUCUGAAUCAGUCCGACAGCAUUUGCAUUUAAUCGACUGCAUAAUUCUGCGUGGCAGCUACCUCGCCUGUCGCUCCACACGAAGCUUCAGGUCUUCUCGGAUACAGUCAUUGCCCUCCCUUGCAAAAUGGUUGAAUGACAUGAAGCAGAGACUCAAGACAGCCCAGUGCUAGAAGGAACCAAUGCGAGCAGUGUCCAUACGACAUGAGCCACACUGGACACAUUAAUUUGUACCACAAAUCACACAUGGCCAAGAAGGCCUUCAAGUGUACUGUAUGCGAGAAGGUAUUUCGACGUUCAUCACAACUUAGAACUCACCAGAGACAGCACACAGGAGAGAAGCCCUUUGAGUGCACUGUCUGUGGUAAAGCGUUUACACGUUCAGCAUCUCGUCACGCUCACCAGAAAACACACACAGGCGAGAAACCCUUCAAAUGCACUGUGUGUGGAAAGGCAUUUGCAGGUUCAGGAAAUUUUAUGACACAUCAGAAAACACACUCAAGCGAUAAGCCCUUCAAGUGCACUUUGUGUGAGAAGACAUUUAAACGCUCAUCACAUCUCCAAAUUCACCAGAUAACACACACUGGCGCAAAUCCCUUCAAGUGCACUGUGUGUGGUAAAGCGUUUACACGGUCAGGAUCUCUUAACAUUCACCAGAGAACACACACAGGCGAGAAGCCGUUCAAGUGCACUGUGUGUGGUAAAGCGUUUACACGCUCAGGAUCUCUGAACAGUCACCAGAGAAAACACACAGGCGAGAAGCCCUUCAAGUGCACUGUGUGUGGUAAAGCAUUUACACAGUCAAGAUAUCUUAAGAAUCAUCACCAGAGACGACACACAGGCGAGAAGCCCUUCAAGUGCACUGUGUGUGGGAAGUUAUUCGCACGGUCAGUCGACCGAAAUUGGCAUGAGAAGAUCCAUGCGGAGGAGGUGGAAUCGAUCCCAUCUCGCAUGCAACAAGACCCAAAAGACAACCCGAGUUUAGCAACGUGGCCAGCAGUGAAGGUUCAACGGGAAGAAGUGAAGGGGGAAUGUGAAGAGGUGAAGGUGAAAUGUGAAAAGGUGAAGAUGGAAUGUGAAGAAGUGAAAUGUGAAGAUGAAGACUCAACUCCAGGCCCCGACCUCCAGGUGGAUGGAGGCAGCAUCAAGCAGGAGCAGCUUUCGGACUCUGAGGGAGGGCCAGGCGACCCCCAUGAGGUUGUGGAUGUGGAGGUGUGGGUGGAGUUUUUGGGGGAGGGAUCGUGCAGUGGUUAGUGUGCCGCCUUACGAGCGUGCGGAACCCGAGUUUGAUUCCCGUUCACG